AUGGGUUCGUCAAUGUCAAGGCUGUCAACAUUGACAGCCUUUCGAGCUCUACCCAAUUUACUGGGAACCGAACGCGUUCGUACGACUCCUUACCAUCCGGCAGCUAACGGCAUGAUAGAACGAUUCCAUCGUACUUCGAAAACAGCUCUCAUGGCCAGACCUGAACAAACUUGGUUACAGUUACUUCCAUCAGUUCUACUAGGUUUAAGGUCAGCGUUAAAAGAAGACAUAGGUACAUCAGCAGCACAACUAGCUUCUGGCACAGUUCCAUCAUGCAGCCACGUUCCAUCAUGCAGCCAGGGAAAGUUUCUAGAUCAAAUUCGAAAAGAGUUACAGCAAUUGAGGCCUACUUCAGCAUCGCAUCAUUUAAAAUCACCAAUUUCCAUUCACAAAGGUUUAAGAGACUGCACCCACGUUUUCCUACGUUCUGAUCAUAUAAGAAAACCACUGGAACCGCCAUACACAGGCCCGCACAAAAUCAUCAAAAGAAUAAGUGAACGAAUUUUCAAGAUUCAAGUUGGCAUCAAACAGUUAAAUGUCUCAAUAGAAAGGUUAAAACCAGCGUUCAUAGCAGAAAGCAAUGAGCAGUCGUCGGAACCAUCGUUUUUGGAAAUAUUAGUCAAUCCGGCCCAAAACAACCAGAAGGACAGAACCAGCAACAACGUACGCAAAGUAAUCUUUGCUGAGCAAGAUCCUUUGAGGUAA